GCAAAGAGGGAAGCAAACAUGGCGGCACUAGCAGAAAAAUCAACGAAGGAGCGUCUGCUGUCUGUGUUGGAUGACUUAGAGGUUUUAUCUCGGGAGCUGAUAGAGAUGUUGGCUCUGUCCAGAGGUCAGAAACUCCCCCAACCAGGAGAAGACACUCAGAUCUUAGAGAUGCUUGUGCAGAGGGACAAGGAGUUCCAGGAGCUGAUGGAGGUGGCCCAGCAGCAGGGGAAGGUUCACCAGGAGAUGCAGCUAUUGGAGAAGGAGGUGGAGAAGAGAGACAGCGACAUCCAGCAGCUGCAGAAGCAGCUGAAGGAAGCUGAACACAUCCUGGCCACGGCUGUUUACCAGGCAAAGGAGAAGCUGAAAUCUAUUGAAAAGGCCAGAAAAGGAAGCAUAUCUUCAGAAGAAAUCAUCAAGUAUGCUCACAGAAUCAGUGCCAGUAAUGCUGUGUGCGCCCCGCUCAACUGGGUGCCAGGUGAUCCACGCCGACCUUAUCCCACUGACCUGGAAAUGCGCAGCGGGAUGCUGGGACACAUGGCCAACCUGCCAACCAAUGGGAUGAAUGGACAUCUGCCCGGCGACGCUCUGGCUGCUGGAAGGUUACCAGAUGUUCUGACGCCUCACUACCCCUGGCAGUCCUCAGAUGUCUCUGUAGGGAUGCUCCCUCCUCACCAUGGAAACGACUUCGGCCUCGAGCCCCCAGGUCACAACAAGGAGAACGAGGAUGAUGUGGAAGCAAUGUCCACAGACUCAUCCAGCAGCAGCAGUGACUCAGACUGAAAAUCAGGCUUUCCGUGUGUGUGUGUGUGUGUGUGUUUUGUGUUAGGCAGCAUUUGAACACCCUUUUUCUCAUGAGGUUUAUUUAAAUCUGACCUAAUGUGAGAAGCAUUCAUAUGGAGGUAAAGCUAGUUUCAUAAAUAUGCUGUUAAUAAUUUGCAAAGCAAAAAGCUGUUUUGUCGAAACCCUUAAUCCUCCUUGUUUACGUGGAACCGAGACGCAGGUUUUUAGGUCAUGGGUUUGGUUUGCCCUUCAUAAAACGCAGCACAAGCGACACAAACAUCUUUUACUGCACAUCUACACGCCUUAUGUGUCUGAGCAGGCAGGUUGCCUCUGCUGUGAAGUUAUAACCAACCACUUAUGCAUUAAUAACUACAAUGGGUGAGGUCUGAGGCUGAAUAAAUUGUGAGAGGUACUUGACUAAAGACUUUAAAAGAUGAUUAGUGCUUAUGUAUUCAUUGUCUUUGUAGUUCAAAUCUGAAAUGUGAUGGUUUUGUUUGUUUCCAAACAUAAAAAUCAUCUCUGCUCUUGUUUCAGCUCAGAUAAUCUGACUGCAUCUUCAUACAAAUUUGCUCAAUUUUAUUCAUAUCCCUGAUAUUUUAUAUUAUCAUGCCUCUUAAAGGCUAAGUUGUUUCCUCUAUAAUGAAAUGGAUAGAUUAAAGUAGGCACUGCCAUCUAGUGGUCAAUGAGUACCUAUCUCAGGUUCUCUUUAUUUACAUUCAAGAAAGGAAGUACAUGUCUUCUCUUAAUUUAUUAAGAAAAUUACAACAGAUUGUGCUCUGUUUUUGAAUUUGCAUAAAAAGUUGAAGUCAGGUUAAGAAGCUAACUAAAAUAUUGAUUUCUAACUUGUAGAAAUUUUUUUUGCAGCAUAGCAAGUGACAUUUUUUUUAAAGUCUCAAAUGGAUUAAUUCUGACCGACUCCUCUUUCCUUUAUGCUCUGGUAUGUUGAGGUUUGCAGACCUUCGUUUCUGCUCCUCACUCUUUGGGUUCAAAUAUUUACAUUCUGGAAAAGGUCUUUGAAAUGUUGCAUCUCAAUGUGCACAAAGUGAAGAAUGAAGAGUUUGAUGCUUGGAUUUUCAAACUUGUCUUUAUUUAGUAGUUUUCAAUUUGGUUAGAUUUGAAUAACAGAAAAUGUAAUCAUAUUAAUAUCGUUCUGGUUUUUU